AUAAUGAUGACCUCCUUCUCUUAGGCUGCCAGCCGCUCCAGCAUCCAUCUGAUGGAGAAUGUGGCAUCUGGCAUUCCAGCUGGGGCAGUAGCUGCUGUACUGAAGCCCAGUGAGGGACUGCCUGAAGGGAGCCUGACUGUCCGUGGCUAUAACUUUGACCAUGGGGUGGACUACCACGCCCUACUGCAGUCUUAUCUGACCACGGGCUUCCAAGCCACCAGCUUUGGGCAGGCGGUGAAUGAGAUCAACCGUAUGAUAGAAGCCAAGCUGACCCCACCGGGAGAGGAGGAAGGGAACCAUGUGGACCUGAAUCCCUAUCCUCGUCACUUAACCGGCUGCACAAUUUUCUUGGGCUUCACAUCCAACCUCAUCAGCUCAGGUAUCCGUGAGACCAUCCGCUACCUGGUGCAACACAACAUGGUUGAUGUCCUGGUAACCACAGCAGGCGGAGUUGAAGAAGACCUGAUCAAAUGCUUGGCACCCACCUACAUUGGGGACUUCAGUCUGCAUGGGAAGGAGCUCCGACAGAACGGGAUUAACAGGAUUGGGAAUCUGCUGGUGCCCAAUGACAACUACUGCAAAUUUGAAGACUGGCUGAUGCCAAUCCUGGACCAGAUGGUGACAGAGCAGGAGACAGAGGGUGUGAAGUGGACGCCAUCAAAGCUCAUUGCCCGACUUGGCAAGGAAAUCAACAAUCCUGAAUCAGUCUACUACUGGGCGCAAAAGAACAGCAUCCCUGUGCUGAGUCCUGCACUGACUGACGGCUCCCUAGGAGACAUGAUUUUCUUCCACUCCUAUAAGAAGCCAGGCCUGGUGCUGGACAUUGUGGAAGAUCUGAGGCUUAUCAACACCCAGGCCAUCUUUGCCCGGAAGACAGGAAUGAUCAUCUUGGGUGGAGGUCUCGUCAAGCACCACAUUGCCAAUGCCAAUCUAAUGAGAAACGGAGCUGACUUUUCAGUGUAUAUCAACACGGCACAGGAGUUCGACGGCUCGGAUUCGGGAGCUCGGCCCGAUGAGGCAGUAUCCUGGGGGAAAAUACGUAUGGAUGCAAAACCUGUCAAGGUUUACGCUGAUGCUUCCCUGGUCUUCCCGCUGCUGGUCGCAGAGACUUUUGCCCAGAAGUCAAACGCCUUUGCUGCAGAGAAGCAAAAUGACUAAGCUGAAGGCAUCUCAUAUCUCAGGAUCCUUCUAUACCUGCCCACCGUGUAUGCGCGACACCGUAGUUGCUGACACUUGCAUGGAAAACUGUAUGGGUGAAGGCAAAAGAACAGCAGCUGCUAGAAGAAGGUCUUGCUCUUUCUCCAUCCACCAUGAAUAAGGGCUGCACCCAAGUCCCUUCCUCUGAAAGUAGAUCUCUUCUCUUUGUAGAUCUGGUCAACUGCGUGUGUCAGGAGUAUAACUUCUGCUUUCCUCCUCUUGUGUCUCCUUCACCUGAAAACAGAGUAUUUGGGAGCGAAGACUGUUCAGGUUGUUUUCACAGCCUCCUUCUUCGGUGAUAGUGGGAUGGUACCAGGAGUCGAGGGUGGCUCCUUUCCUUGCAUGGGCUUUGGCUUGCAGACAAGUUUUGAGUGGCCCAAGUCAUCUCUGUCUGUUCCUUUCCCACCCUUCCCUUCAGUCCCUUUCCCCAUCAGUCCCUUCUUAAUUUAUUGAUCAGCGUGUACUGUUUGGAAACACCUGAAAACUCCAGCUUCCUAAUAAAACUAAUUGGUUUUGAAA